AUGAAUCAAAUGAAUGGAUAUAUCGUUUCAUUAGUCCCCCCUUCUAACUUUCGACAUCACAGUCUCAAACUCAUCCACCUCUUCUCCGCCGGCAUCGACAGUCUUGCCAACCACCCGAUCCUCACAGACAGCGCGAUCCCCAUCACCACGUCGUCGGGCAUCCACGGACCCCCGAUCGCCGAAUGGGUGAUCCUGACCACGCUGGUCGCCAGCAAACACUACGCCACGCAGUACGAGUGGCAGAAACAGCAUCGCUGGGCCACAGACCGGUCCGAGUUGCGUGGCACAACGGACUGGGUGGGCAAGACUGUUGGGAUUGCUGGCUAUGGAAGUAUAGGUCGACAAGUCGCCCGCGUCUUCUCCGCCCUGGGAGCCAAUAUCCACGCAUACACCGCCUCUCCUCGUCCCACGCCCUCGUCCCGCGCCGACACGGGCUACUUCGUCCCCGGAACGGGCGAUCCCUCCGGUAGCAUCCCUCGAGCGUGGUACAGCGGGACCAGCAAGACGUCACUGCACACGUUUCUCGCCUCAGGGCUGGAUGCGUUGGUGAUUGCGUUGCCAUUGACGCCUGCGACGAGACAUCUUUUCGGGGAGGAGGAGUUUAACGUGUUGGGAAGGAGGGCGCUGCCAGCACCAACUUCUACUUCUACUCCAACAGCUUCUCCAACUUCAAUUCCAAAAACUUCUUUCUUAAUCAAUAUCGCCCGCGGCCCCCUCAUCGACCAAGCCGCGCUCAUCAAAGCCCUGAACGACGGAACUCUCUCCGGAGCCGCGCUGGACGUGGCAGAUCCGGAACCGCUGCCGGCGGACGAUCCGCUAUGGGACGCGAAGAACGUCAUCAUCACGCCGCACGCCAGUUCGCUGGGAUUGGAGUACGUGCGGCGAUCGUAUGAUUUGUUCAUGACGAAUUGGGAGAGAAGGGAGAGGGGGGAGAGGUUGUUUAACUUGGUGGAUCGGAAGAAGGGGUAUUAA